GGGUUUGGCGGGGAGCGAUUCCGACCUCAGAGCAUCGAGACGGACUUGCUUAUUUUGUAAAGAAGCUAUAAGGGGGAAAUGGUUGGCAGUCAAACUUCCUCAGCCACACUCAAGAUAGGAGCUGGCCAGCCACACCUCAAAUGGCGGAGCCCUCGACCGGGGUUGAAGACAGCUAUUUCCCCAAAAUGGAGAAAGAGUGGAAGAAAAAUGUCCAUCACAGCUCCGUCCCGUCCUCCACAGACAGCUAGCACCAAUCACUGGCGCGCAGGGCGGGGACAGGGCUAGGGGAGGAGCCUGCUGUUGCCCCAGCAACAACCUGGGAGCCCAAGACGAGCGCGGCCGCGGAGGUAUCGUGCCUCAGAUCUCUCGCUGCUAGGAAGGUCCUGGGAGAGGCGCGAGUCAGACCUGGUGGGCGCACGCGGAGAGAAGAACAGGUCAGGCCCAUGAACUACAAUCCCCGCUGCCGCUUUCGCCUCUUCUAAACCGUUAGGAGCGCCGAGGAUCAUGGCUGAGGUGCACGUGAUCGGGCAGAUCAUGGGGGCCACCGGUUUCUCGGAGAGUAGCCUCUUCUGCAAGUGGGGCAUCCACACAGGGGCGGCAUGGAAGCUCCUGUCGGGUGUGCGGGAGGGCCAAACACAGGUGGAUACCCCCCAGGUUGGGGAUAUGGCCUAUUGGUCCCACCCCAUUGACCUGCACUUCGCCACCAAAGGCCUCCAAGGCUGGCCUCGGCUCCAUCUCCAGGUGUGGUCUCAGGACAGCUUUGGCCGAUGCCAGCUCGCAGGCUACGGUUUUUGCCAUGUGCCCAGCAGCCCGGGCACUCACCAGCUGGACUGUCCCACAUGGCGGCCCCUAGGCAGCUGGCGGGAGCAGUUGGCACGGGCCUUCGUAGGUGGUGGGCCACAGCUGCUGCAUGGGGACACUAUCUACAGUGGGGCAGACCGCUAUCGCCUGCACACAGCCGCUGGUGGCACUGUGCACCUUGAACUCGGCCUGCUGCUACGCCACUUCGAUCGCUAUGGCGUUGAGUGCUGAGGGACUCUGCCUCCAAAAGCUCCUAUCCAUACCCCUGGAAACCCAUUGUGGGGCAGGAUGGCACAGUGGUAGAGAGCAUGGGCUCUGGAGAUUGUCAGACCCAACCCCAGCCAAAGCAUGGUCUGUCCUUGCUAGGACCUCAUUAACUGCUCCUCUGGGCUCAGUUUCCCUGUCUGUAAAAUGGGGGCAGUGUAUGUGCAGGGUCACAGGGAAUUGGGUGAGAAGAGGAUGCUUAGGACAUGGGAGGUAUUCAAUAAAGGAGAGCAAUU